AUGACUGCGGCCGUGGCGGCGCCCAGUGGUCCAAUGCAUUCAACGAUGUUACCUCUCGCCUUACUUCUCCUCAUCUCAUCUGCUUUGGCCAAAAAUCACCAAGCAGCAUUCUCCAUUUUCAGCCCAAGAGAUGACUGGGAUCUGAAGACUCUUCCCAGCCCCAACGCAACAGGUCAUCUUGUUUUCAACACGAUCAGCUCUCUUUUGCAGCACUGGCCCAAUACGAGAUACCACUCCGGACAUACAAUCGUUCCGGGCGUGAUUCCCCCUGGGACAUUGCUAUACCAUGGAAGGAAGAACCCAAAUGUCCCCACGAGUGCAGAGUGGGUGUCUUUAGACCCCGAAUUCGCAAGGUUUUAUUGUGAUCCCUUGACUGGGCCGCCACCACCAGAACCGCUGCCCGGCCCAGUUGAAUGCUGGUUCCUGACUUUGGUUGCAUCGCAGCCAUUGUCUGUCCUUUACUUCGACGGAAGUAGUGCAACGAAAAACGCCGAUGGGCCUAUGGAUACGCAAGAUAUUGUUGCGUGGGCAGCUGUCUUACCCGAGCGGCACAACAAUGAUUAUGAGUACGAGCGUCUCGACCGCAUGUGUGACUGGGGUCGGGAGGCUGGGUUUGACGCGUUUAUCAGUGAAAUCAUGCUUUGUGAUUUUUCGAAUCGCGUCCAAACUGUCUCUCUCUCGGCCAUCCAAUACGAAGAGAUGUUCCCUCAUCCCGCGUACUCAUUCAUGCACUCGAGUGAAUGGCACGACCACUUCCCAGGCGAGAUCCGUGUUCAACUCGAUCUCACGCGUGUUGUGUCGAUGUAUGACACCGAACUCGUCCCAAGUCUUGUUAGCCAGCGAUCGGGUCAGAAGAGACGAGACCAUCGUGUGUUGGGAAUUUCCCAAGAAGACAUUGCCAACGUCCGUGCGAGGCUGUCAGAGAAAUCGACAAGUGGAAGUGGGAUCGAUUGGCGAGCUUUGUUCAAAGUCAUCCGAGAUCGGCAUACUAAACGCUUGCAAGUGUUGCAACGAACACUUCAUCAAGAAAGAGAAGACUCCGCUGAACGAGCCUUCCGUAUCAUACUCAACAUGAUAACGCCAUACAUUCUCGAUUCAGCAACUCCCCGCAAAGACAGGAAUUGGGCUAGCCACGUUUAUGAGCUUUGUUCUACGACUCAUACCGCCUUUGCUGCUUCACAGACUUCCCUUACACCGUCCGAAAGACUCAUGUUAAAGGCAGCACAAGAGACUACACGUGAAAUUUGUCGUACUCUUGUUGGAAUAUGGGCGGAAGAAACUGCUUCACUAGCUUCCUCAAACAUAUCGAAAUGGCGAUAUGAAGUAGAUCGUCUUGUUGCGUGGCUAGAUUGGGAUGACUGGGUGACCUGCGAACCUGCUUGCGAGCCUGAUGAAUCGUGCUAUUUGCCGGGGGCGCCUUUUUCUAUGGAGAAGUGGAAUGUAUCGGAGCCGAUCUGCGCAAGAUUCUUUGAGCCUUAUCGUGGACUUGAAUGGCUAGACGUACAAGAUGUAUGCUGA